AUGACCGCCUCCGAUGCCCCAGCUCCAAUCCCGCCGCACGGAAAGUCACUCGUGGAUGGGUAUCGGGAUGCUCUGGACCCCCAACAUGAGGAGCGGUCACGAUAUAAUCCACUCAACUCGGCCCACCCGCGAAGCUCGGCUCUCCUGAAUGCCAACGACCCUGUCGCCAUGUACCUGUUGACCGAGACAGCUAUAGGGGAUAGCACAAAUUAUGAAGUGUUAUCCUUCGAGGAGGUGGAAGAGCUGAAGAAGGAAGUCACGUUACUAUCUACCCGCAUCCAGGGUACGAAGCGGAAACUGGCACUCGAAACGAAACUACGUGAUGCGGCGCAGUCUCUUGGUAGGCUCUAUAGCCCGCCUAGCCCACGAAGUAGCGGCGAAUACAAUUCCAAUGGCGGUUCGAACCCGCGCCGGAAGAGCCGGGGCAUAUUUGGUCGCAGUGAGGCUGCUGAGGCCCUUGACAAGAGCGACUCCGAACUCGCGGUCAGCCAGCGGCGAUGUGAGGAGUUGGCGCAGGAACUCUGGAAGCUGGAGAAGAGGUCUCAGAAGAUCAACCAGCGCUUGCUGGAGCAUACUGCCGGUAUCUUGCAGAUGACACACAAGGGUCUGAAAAAGGGUCCUAAAAACCCUGCUCCGCACACUUCGGAUAGCACCUAUGAUGAUCACAAAUUCGAUGACCGCAGUCUCUACCGGGCGGGCGAGCAUUUGGAUGACUUUGGCGUACACGGGAAGGGUGAGACCAACGCGGCCGCCGCAAUGAAUACGGAGGCCAUGCAGGCUACAGAAAGACGAUUGGAGGAACUGAGCGAGCGCAUGCAUGACAUGAUGAUACAGUCCAACCCCGGUGAAUUCAUCGAUCCUCCUCCGCAGCUGUCAGCAGGCGGAGGGCCUGUCAAUCCCACAGCAACGGUCGAAGCUCACCUGGCCUAUAUCAAGAAUGGCAUGAAUAAUAUCGUCUUACAUACGGGAGACGCUCCUACUCCUGUGACUGCUCGCGAUGUUGCUCCUGAAGCUGAGGGCGCCUGGAAACAUCAACUCACCAAAAUUAACAACCAAGUGCAAACCAUCGUUGAUCGGUUUGGGUUGACCCGUUCGCCAACCUUGCCUCCUCCUCCCGAUGCGUCUCACGGCGAGGGGCUGGAAGAACAACUCUCAUACCUUCAGACUGGUUUAGAUGGUCUGGAUAGUCGAGUGGAUGGAGUACUUGAGCAGAAGAGUAUCCUCACCAUACAAAUCCAGCAGCAACGCGAGCUCAACUCCAAGUCAGAUGCCGAACGAGAUGCCUAUAUCGGUGACCUAACAGAACAGUUGAACCACGCUCGCAGAGAUCUUGAAGUAUCUGAGCGUGAGGGUAACGCCAACCGCGACGAGCUGGCCCUUGUCAUGGGACAGCUCAACGCAAUGCGUCAAAAUGGUUCUUCCCAGGAAGAAGCCAAAGCGGCCCUAGUUCAGGCCGAGGGCGAAGUGGCACGUUUGCAAAGCGUUAUCACCUCGUUGCACAGCGAAGCUGAUGCCAGGGUUCGCGAAGUCAAGGAAGCCCGAGAUGCCCAAGAUGAAGCAGAGACCGAGCUUAAACGCUUGCAACAGUACAUCGACGAAGUGCAAAGAGAAAACGAUAGCAAGGCUGAGGAAGUCAGUGAUGCCCGCGACCGUGCAGAAGGCGAGGUCAAGCGGCUACAGGUCGUUGUUGCAUCAUUGCAAGAUGAUACCGACGCCAAGAACGAAGAGAUCAGAGAGGCCCGUGACCAUGCGGAAGAUGAAGUGAAGCGUCUACAGGUCGUCAUUGCAUCUUUGCAGACUGAUACCGACGCUAAGAUCGAAGAGGCCCGCCGCCAUGCAGAAGACGAAGUGAAGCGUCUACAAGUGGCCAUUGAGUCUCUGCGAAAUGAUACCGACGCUGAGAUCGAAGAGGCCAGGGAGGCCCGCGACCGUGCGGAAGACGAAGUCAAGCGCCUACAGGCCAUCAUUGAAUCUCUGCAAAACGACACCGCCGUCAAGAGCAAAGAGGCUGUGGAAGCCCGCGACCGCGCGGAAGAUGAAGUCAAGCGUCUGCAUAUCGUCAUUGAGACUUUACAAAAUGACGCCGACGCUAGAGACGGGGACAUCAAGGAAGCCCGAGACCGUGCGGAGAACGAAGUCCAACGCCUGCAGAGCGUCAUUGAAACCCUACAGAACGAUAGUGAUUCUAGAUCCGAGGAAGUUAGAGGUGCUCGUGACCGCGCAGAGCAAGAGGUGGCUCAACUCGAAGCCGCCAUCCAACAGAUCCGGAUUCAAUCUGAUGCCCGUAUUAAGGAAGCAGAUGAUCAGCGCGCGCAGUCCGAGCAUAAUGCCACUCGCCUGCAGAAUGAGAUGACUGAGCUCGAAGGCGAGAUUGUGCGGGUCACAACUGAACUGACUAUGGUCAAGGCAGAGCUGGAUGGUGCAUAUGGUACCCGAGCUGAACGCGCGGCAGAGGUGUCUUCCAACCCUAGUAUACAAAGGGAGAACGAUGCUCUGGUUACCCGCAACAUCGAGCUCACUGAGGAACUUGCUACUCUAAAGAGUCAGCGAGGAGGUGGUGAUCUUCAGCAGCGGGCGGAUACUCUUGAAAGAGAGCUUCGUGAGACCAUUGACGACUACGAAGCCAUGACAAAAGCCAGCAUCGAGUUUGAGAAGGAACGCGAACGUUUCGAAAGUUUCAUUGACAGUCUGCGGGAUCGCUGCGAGCAACUCGAGACACAACUGGCAGAAGAACGUAUCAGCUGGAUGAACUUGAGUAGUCCUACAUCUGUGGGCCGUGAUGGCACUUCUGAGACAACAUCUACUAUGGUGCUUAAGAAUGAGUUCAAGAAGAUGAUGCGUGAUACGCGCAACGAGAACAUGAAGAUACUGAGGGCCGAACAAGAAGAACGUCGCAGAAUUGAAGGGUUGCUGCGAGCCCUAAGAAAGGAGCACGCCCAGGUGACUGGCAAGCCAAUGCCCAGCCCAGGUGGCACUCCAUUAUGA